CUCCAAACUCCAUAACAGUACUCUUCAUCUUAAUAAAACCUCCAGACACAACCUUUUAAGCUACACCAUUAAUUACUAAACAUGAAGGGAAGAGUAGUCAUGUCCGUGCUGGUAACAUUUGCUCUACUUCAAUUCAUGGGGAUGCCAGGAGAAGCUAUAGAUUGCGGGCAGGUGAACUCUUCCUUGGCCGCUUGCAUCCCAUACCUGACUGGUGCAGACGCUGCUCCUUCUGCUUCAUGCUGUGCUGGGGUCAAGAAUUUAAAGGCACUUGCUCCAACUACCGCCGACCGCCGAGCCGCCUGCGCCUGCAUUAAGGCAGCCGCCGCCCGCUAUCCUACUAUUAAGGAAGAUGCUGCCUCCUCCCUCCCUAAGAAUUGUGGUGUUGAAAUGAACAUCCCCAUCUCUAAAACCACUAACUGUCAGGCCAUCAACUGAGGUCGAGCAACUAAGCGAGCAGGGAAAGGAAGUUUAAUAAAGCUAAAAGAAGAGAAGAAAGAAACGAGUGGUGUUGCUAUUUCUUAUAUUUUGCUUAUGUAACUCAUGUUUAAAUAAGAGUCUGUCGCUGCUGAUAGCCAUUUUCUAUAAAACAAAUUUAAGGGUAAUAUAGUAAACAGAUGGAAUUAUGAGAGCUUCUCCAAAAAAAGUCUCCUUCUUCCUUGAGGCAAAAUGUUAUAGUAUAGAAACUAAUCACACCAUGCAUCCAUCUAAGUCCUGGUAAUAUUUCUAUAAUGGUACACCUAUAAAUCUAUUUCUUGAUUUCAGACAUGAUGUAAAGAAAAAGUGCCACGAGGGGACUAAACUACAAGCAGAGUUCAUAAUAUAUAUGUAUGAAAAACAAAAGGUUGAAAAACCGAUAUGUAGCAUGUGCAAGACACAUUUUAUUAAUUAGGAUCAGUUAAAGUAUUACUUCUUUCCGUUCA